AUUCACAACUGUUUCUUUUUUAUUUUCUGAUUUCUCAUUUCUUUUCGCUCCAAACAUAUCUUUGAAAAAGUAUGCGUUUUACAACAGGCUGCUUUUUAUUCACUGCCUUUACUGGGCUCGCUCAUGCUGCUCGUGUUGUUUAUGAUUGGAACAUUACCUAUACUACCGCGAAUCCUGAUAACUUAUAUGAGAGAAGGGUAGUUGGUGUUAAUGGAAAAUGGCCUCCUCCACUGGUUGAAGCCACUGAGGGGGAUACUUUGGUGAUUAAUGUCAACAAUCAGUUAGAUGUCAAUACUGCCCUUCAUUCUCACGGUAUGUUCCAGAAUACCACUGCUUAUAUGGAUGGUCCUGUUGGCGUAACUCAAUGCCCUAUCCCGCCAGGUCAUAGCCUGACUUAUGAAUUUGACCUCAAGCAACAUGGUUCCUAUUGGAUUCACUCUCAUUUCAGAGGUCAGUAUAUGGAUGGUCUGCGUACCCCAUUUGUUAUCCAUGCUGGUAAUGAAUCUUAUACAUACGAUCAUGAUGUAACGAUUCCUUUUCAAGAUUGGUAUCAUGCUGAAAGUGAAGAAGGCAUCUCUGUCUUUAUGAACGAAUUCAACCCUACCGGUGCCGAACCUGUACCUCAAUCUGGCUUUAUUUUCAACAGUGUCAAUGAUACUCUUUCCUUCCAGCCUGGCAAGACGUAUCGUCUUCGUCUCAUCAAUAUGUCUGCUUUUUCCAUGUACUACUUUAGUAUUGAUGGCCAUGAUCUUGAUAUUAUUGAAAUUGACGGUAUAGACGUGCAACGUCAAACCGUGAAAAAUGUCUAUCUGACAGCUGCCCAACGUAUCUCUGUUCUGGUCACUGCAAAAAACUCUACCGAUACCAAUUAUUAUAUGCACGCCGAUAUGAAUACGGACAUGUACGACGUUUUACCCGAUGAUUUACUUUAUAACUUGACAAUUCCCCUUUACUACAAUAACCAAAGCAAUGUGUUUGCUGCCUCUGAAGAUGUUGGAAUGGAAGGCACCUUUGACGAUAUGAAGUUGGCCCCUAUUGAAGUUGCCCGAGCUGUCCCGUUUGAUCAUCAAGUAAAUCUUACUGUUGAUUUCCAAGUCACUACGGAUGGUAUUAAUCGUGGUAUGUUUAACGAGGUCCCUUAUCUCAUGCCCAAGGUGCCCACCCUCAAUACAGUGCUUAGUCAAGGCAACUUGUCUACCAACCAAGAAAUUUACGGUCCUCAAACGCAAGCUUUCGUAUUGAAGCAUUUGGACAUGGUUGAGAUUGUCCUCAACAAUUUAGAUGCAGGUGCUCAUCCUUUCCACCUUCACGGUCAUGUUUUCCAAAUGGUGGGUCGUGGUCAAGGGGUUUAUGACGGUACAAACAAUAGCGCAGUCGAGUGGUUCCUUGACAACCCCGCACGUCGUGAUACUGUUCUCGUUCCUGAAACCAGUUUUGUCAUUUUACGUUUUCGAGCUGAUAAUCCCGGUGUUUGGUUUUUCCACUGUCACAUUGAAUGGCAUUUAGAAUCAGGGCUUGCUGCUACUUUUGUAGAAGCGCCUGACGUAGCUCAACAACGUAUUACUUUACCUCAAUCGUUCAAAGAUAUAUGCACAGCAGGUGGUAAUGCUUGGGAAGGCAAUGCUGCCGGUAAACAGGGCCUUGAUCUCCAAGGUGUCCCUGACGGCAUUUAUCUGCCUUAUGAUGGUUUUACUGCUAAAGGAAAGGGUGCUAUGGCUGGUUGUAUUAUUGCUGCUUUACUUGGCAUUGCUGCGAUCAUUGCUUACUCCAAAAUGGACCCUUACAAAGAAGCCCGUGCCAUUGCUGCCGCUAAAGCUUCAAAAAAAUAGAGUGUGCCCCAGUUCUUAGAAACUCACAGCAUACGGCUUAGCAAUGCUUAGCUAAUCCUCGUCUCGCAAAGCUCCUUAAUUUUUAACCUUUACAUAUUUUACAAUUUUUAUAUCAGCACCUGUAUUUGUUGCUUUCAUUGUCAUUACUAUUAUUUGUAUAUUAUAACACAUCCUCUAUUAUCGCAAGCUUAUUUCAAAUGGCGUCUCCCUACUCUAUUUUUCUUUCAUUCUAGCAUUAAUGUACCUACUUAAUAAACUAUAUACGAAGGCAAGCCUGCAUUUUCUAAUUCCAGUACAUCUUUAAAAAUAUGAAUAAAAUGAC